AUGCCACCAAAGAAAUCAAACGAAAAACCUCUUAUCCUCAAAGCAAAACGACAAUCAACGACGUAUAUGCUUGAUGUUUCCUUGAAAAACACAAUAUCACAACUGAAGGAAAAGUUGGUGAACAUGAUCAACACGACAGGAGGUUUGUACGUUAACAAUCUACCGCACAAAUUGGAUACCGAUGCUCUGCAUAUACCUGAUAACGAUAUCGAAAUUCCGCAAAUAGGGCUUAAAAAUAGCAGUGAUUCAGAGAAUGAGGAGGUUAAAAGUAGGAGUGUCGAUGAUAACGGAUCUGUUGCCACUCGAAUUUCGGGCGAUUCGCCUGUUCAAAUCACAACUGAAGAUAUAACACUUGCGAUAUUCGACGACCAAAAUGAUAUAUAUCAUUCCAAAAUAAGAAAUCUUGAGUUGGAUGAUUCUGCCAAAAUUGCAGAAUUGAAUCUCCACGAUUUCAUGUGCCUAGCUUUUAAAUUCAAGGAUGAAGAGUUCAAAAUUUUUCAGACUGUAUACGAGUAA